CACCAGACCGCCCCUCUCCUCUGUGUGAUGUACAGCGGUAAAAAAAAAAAAAAAAAAAAAAAAAAAAAAAAAGCCAAACUCACCGCUUUUUGGACUCUUACUAAACUGUAGACCGCAUGUAGAAAGUUUCGUCUCCUGAACCCAGAAAGUGGGAGUAAAAAAGAUCCACCAUGUCUGAGCUGUUCAUGGAGUGUGUAGAGGAGGAGCUGGAACCGUGGCAGAAACAAGUUCCUCAAGUUCAUCUCAUCGAUGAUGACGACGACGAUGAACCCAUCUUCGUUGGAGUUCUCUCUGGUAACCAGAAGGACAGUAAGCCCAGCCCCGCUCCUCCUCAGAGGACCAGUGCAGGAGCACAACAGAAGAAAGUUACUCCACUCCAGGCCCCUGCAGGCCCCUCACCUAUAGUGCUGCCACUGAAUGUACCUGUGACUACAGUGAAAACCGUAUCCCCCUCCCUGACAACAGUGGCUCCUCAACCUGUUAUAGUUAAUAAUCAGGGAUUUAUUGUCACUUCUCCACAAUUAGCAAACAGCAGUGACCUUAUUGCCACUCUUGGAACCCAGUAUCCCCCUGGAACAUCAUUUACAAUUGUUCCAGCCCCUCGGCAGCAGGUUUUUCAGCAGGUCUCUUCAGCCAUGGGUUUGCCUGGUGUGGUCCACCGGCCUCAGGUUCAGCAGAUCAGAAACAACGUGGUGACUUUGGCGAAUGUCCAGAGCCCUGCCGCGUAUUCAGCUCAGUCUAAUCAGCUGCAGCCCCAAAGCUCCAACAUGCCGUCCCUUCAAAACGUUACUGGGAAGGACUUGAGUGAUCAGAGCUCAGUCAAGCGGGGAUUGAUGGCAUCGGAGGUUGACAGAGUAGUAAAAAGAGUCAAAAUUGACUCUGUAACGAUCCAAGUGGAAAAUGGCGUUUUAAAGAGAACCUGUUCCAAAUGUCAUGAAGACUUUCCCUCAGAGGAGGCUGUGAACUUUCAUAUGGUGCGUUGUUGUGCGACUGCAGGAGGUGCAGCUCCGUCAGCUCCGAGCAUCACCAACGCUAACAAACUCAUCAUGCUAGUCGCAGAUUUCUACUAUGGAAACUUUGAAGGAGAUGCAGAAAAACAGGAGGCACAGAAGACCAACACAACCUUCAAGUGCCAAAGCUGUUUGAAAGUUCUCAAGAACAACAUUAGGUUCAUGAACCACAUGAAGCACCACCUGGAGCUGGAGAAGCAGAACAGUGAGAGCUGGGAAAGCCACACGACCUGCCACCACUGCUACAGGCAGUACAUGACUCCCUUCCAGCUGCAGUGCCACAUCGAGAGCGCUCACAGCCCAAUUGAAUCUUCGACCAACUGCAAGAUAUGUGAGCUGGCGUUUGAGUCGGAGCAGGUGCUCCUGGAGCACAUGAAGGCCAACCACAAACCCGGUGAAAUGCCUUAUGUCUGCCAGGUUUGCGAUUACAGGUCUUCCUUCUUCUCAGACUUGGAGGCACAUUUCCGGAGUGUCCACGAGAAUACAAAAGACCUGCUCUGUCCGUUCUGCCUCAAAGUGCUGAGAACGAGUCACAUAUACAUGCAGCACUACAUGAAGCAUCAGAAAAAAGGGAUCCAUCGAUGUGGAAAAUGCAGACUACAUUUCCUCACCUACAAGGAAAAAGCGGAGCACCGGACUCACGUCCACAAGACUUUUAGGAAGCCUAAAGCGUUGGAGGGUCUUCCUCCGGGUACAAAGGUUACAAUUCGGGCCUCACUGACAGGAAAGGGACCGAUAAUGCCACACGGCUCCAAUCGAUCAGCGGUUACUGUGACUCCAGAGCCGACGGGUUUCCCGAACUUCAAAGUCAAGGCUCCAGUAAACCUAUCCAGGUCUAAAAUAAAAGACCCGAGGAUGGGAAAGGCCAAGUCUACUUAUAGCAGAAAGCAAGAACGUCGACCUUCCAAGCACAACCUGGCACUCAAGAAUCUCAGUGCCGGUGACGGUUGCUACACAUGCAUCGAGUGCAACAGCGAGGUCGACGACUUCUUUUCACAUUUUCCAAUGCUCUCAAACUGCGGCGCAUGCACGUACCGAACAGGAUGUAAAGUGUCUUUCGGGAAUCACAUGAUAAAAUUUCAUAGCACCAUCAGCAAACAGAGGAUUUUAAAAAUGGAUCGCAGGAAGACUUCACCUGGAAUAAAAUUAACCCUCAUCUGUCUCAACUGCGAUCUGCUUGUUGAUGCGUCCGGCGGAGACCUAAUGUCCAAGCAUUUAACUGACCAGCCGCAUCACACAUGUAGAGUCAUUCAGGAAAAAGACAUCAGACCUGAAGACAAAGACCAGGACAAAGUGCAUAUCCAGCAGUCAGCAGAUGACAAAGAGACGGUGACCCUCUUGUCAACGACAACGGCUUUAGAGCCAGAAGAAACGGACUGGAAACCAUCUGAUAACGACAUAUCUCCAAGUGAGACACUUGAUGAUGCCGACCGGCCUGAGUUGGAGCAGAAACUACCAGCAGACGAGCAGGAAAACGACUCGCCAAAUCCCAGAUCGGAGGAAGGCGUUGAAUUAAAACAGCCGUCUUCGGAGGCCGCUUCGCCGUCUUCAUCAGAUGUGCUUCUGAUUCCCUCUGAGGAAUUUGAGGGUCACACAGAGAGCCUGCACGUCAAGGAGCAGCUGUCCGUCUCAGACGGUUUGCUGGAUCCAGUGACUGGAGAAAAAACACCUUAAAUUAUCCGUCGCUAACGUCAGCAGAAGAAAGCAGAUGAUUCUCUAAAGAUCUGAACGUUGUUUUCAAAGUACGAUGACAAUAUUAAUUGUUUUUGUCCUGCUCUGGCUGUUCUGGACUUUUGGUUUACCAACAAGAACAAUCAUUUAAAAUAUGGUUAAAAGGUUUUUCACCACAUGUCUUUUUAAUAAUAAAAAAACCCAUUAAAUGCAUCCCUGCUGAUUCCAGGAUACCGUCUGUUUGCCAUUAGACUUGAAUGUUUUAGGCUAAUUCUGUGUUUCUUAAGUGCUGAUGUAGUCUUUGCAGCACAUAGGUUAACAUCUUUUAUGAAACGAGAUAAUUGUGCGCUUUUUCUUUCUUUUUACCAAUGGAAAUUUCAAUUUUUCAAUUGCUUUUAUUUUAAUGACUUAACUGAAAUAGAUCUUUAAGAUGGUUUUAUUUUGAGAAAAAGCUUUUCUGUUAAGCUUGUGCAUGUAGUCAUCCUCUUGCCAUGCAUUAAAAAAAUAACACAGUUGGUUUGGGGGAUUGCUUUAGCAGUUUGCGAACCUUUGCAGAAAAAUCUAUUUUUAAUUUAGAUUUUCUUUUUUUUUAAUGGUCUGAAUUAGGUUUUACUCUAACAUCAGUUUUAAACCUGGUUUUAAUUAGUAGUUUGGCCAUUGUGUGAUGUUUUUUUUUUUAAUUUGUGAUCUUCCAUCAGCUGAAGCAAACUUUCUUUAUUAAAAUGUUCAAUUGUUUACAUAAAAUUCUUGAGCGUGCGUAGAUUAAAGUAUUGCCUUUCGUUCAGUAUUGACUGAUAGUUUGCAGCAUCCCAGACUGACUUUCUAUUCUGCACUCUGCUGAUUUUCAACCAUGAGUUAAAUCAUGAGCAGAAAAUUGUUAAGGAUCUCAUAGGAAAUGUUUCUGGUGCAGCUUUGUGAACGGUGUGGCUCAGACGAGCACAGUGGGAAAAUAUUUAUGUACGUUUUCUGUCUUAACCAGGCUGAAAGUUCCUCUUAAAAAAGAUGUUGACACGUUCCCUUCAGAAAAAAGUGAAAAUGAAAAAAGUAAUUUCAUUGUUUUUAAUUCUUUUUACAUGUAAGAACUACCCUGUAAAUACAUUUACUUCUAUGUAUAAAUGUUUUGAUGAUAUACCUGUUAUAUUCUCUAUAAACAUCACAUUAUGCCGGAAUCUGCAUUGUGGAUUAUAGCAGCAGUUUCCUGUUUUUUCCCCCUGUAAAUAAACAUUGAAUAGAAGA